AUGUUCUCCGAUACAUGGCUAGCAUGUGUGUCUUACCAGAGACGUCGUUUGGAAGUCAUUCAUGAUCUGCACGAGAAAUACGGUUCUUUUGUCCGCCUAGCGCCUAAUCAUAUUUCUAUAGCUUUGCCGGACGCCCAGCCACUGAUAUACCGACACGGAAAUGGAUCCCUGAAGUCAUCGUUUUACGACGUGUUCGUUACUACAUCUCGUAGUCUGUUUACAGUCCGCGAACGCCAGAGUCAUACUUGCAAAUGGAAGAUCAUCUCACACAGCUUCUCGCAGAAGAGUGUGUUGGAGUUCCAGCCAUAUGUACGCCGUUAUGUCGGUCAACUGCUGGGACGGUGGGAGAAGUUGUAUGAUCAGGCUUUGAAAGGCGUGUCGGGUGAGAUUGAGGCUGAGGCUGGAAGGGUCGUGAUGGAAGGCUUUGGCUCGACUGCUUUCCAUGGGCAAACUAUGUCACGUUCGAUAUCAUCAGUGAUCUAG